AUGAAGAUGGUUUCAGCCGCCAAAUAUGCCAAAGCAGAAAGAGAACUAAGACCCGCCAGAGCAUAUGGUGCUGGGGCUAAUGCAUUCUAUGAAAAAGCAGAAGUAACUCAGGAUGAGAAAAAACCAAACCAUUUGAUCAUAGCAAUGACUUCUGAUAGAGGUCUUUGUGGUUCUGCCCACUCCAACAUCAUCAGGGCUAUCAAAGCAGCUGUGCCCUUAAAACCACCUGGUACUAAUGUUAAGUUCGUUGCCAUUGGUGAUAAGGCUAGAGGCAUGCUUGCAAGGUUUUUUGGCCAAGAUUUGCUGAUGCACUUUGUUGACAUUGGAAAGAAACCACCAGUAUUUGAAGAUGCUGCCAAAAUAUCUCUUGAAAUUUUGAAACUUGGUUAUGAAUAUGAUUAUGGUCAGCUAUAUUUCAAUAUCUUCAAAUCAGUUGUAGCUUACAACACGAAGGAUCUACCAAUCGUAAAUGCAGAUAACUUCAGUCAAGCAGGAAAAUUAAACUUAUAUGAUAGCAUUGAUGAAGAGGUGCUCAGAAGUUAUAGGGAAUUCAGUUUAGUUAGCAGGAUAUUUUAUGCCCUUAAAGAAUCAGCCUGCAGUGAGCAAAGUCAGAGAAUGACGGCCAUGGACAGCGCCACAAAGAAUGCAGGUAAGUCCGCUGUGGAGAUAUUGUAG